AUGCUUUAUGCUGCUACUCUGCAGGUGAAGGUGACUUAUUCAAGCUGGCAAAGGGUGACAAUUACCUGUAUCACCACCUGUACUCUGAGUAACCCCAACCCCACCUACAUCUGGUACAAGAACGGACAACGUCUAGAUGAGAGAACCUCCCCCCAGUACAAAUACUCAGUCUACACUAACAGUAAAGACAGCUACUCCUGUGCUGUAAAAGGCCAUGAGGAUCUCCACUCUCCUGCAGUGUGUGUUCAGGGUCAGAGCUGCAACAGAGUGACUUACACCAAGAGGAGAAUCUGUGUCUUGAAGGGGUCAACAGUGGACAUAUCCUGUACUUAUGUUGGUUAUUAUUCCACCACAUCAUCAUUCUGGUUUAGAAGUGAUAAGUCGACCCCUGAAGACCUAACCAGAGACCCAGGGUAUGCAGGUCGUGUGAAGUGCACUGGAACAUACAGAGGUCCCUUCACCCUGAGAAUCACAGAUCUGAGAGAGGAGGACUCAGCUGAGUAUCGCUUCACUUUUAAAACACACAACAUUGAAUGGGGUCAUAGUUUCCCAGGAACAACUCUGUCUGUCACAGGUCUGCAGGUGAAGGUGACUCCUGCUGCAGAGGGACAGAAGACACUGACCUGUAGCACCACCUGUACUCUGACUGACAACCCCACCUACAUCUGGUACAAGAAUGGACAGAAUGUACAAGGUGUCUCCUCCCCCAUGUACUCCAUCAGCAGUGAGGAUGCAGACAGCUACUUCUGUGCUGUAAAAGGCCAUCUCAGCUCUCCUACAGUGUAUAAACCAAAGAACCCCUCAGUGUCAGUCAGUCCCUCUGGUGAAAUAGUGGAGGGCAGUUCAGUGACUCUGACCUGCAGCAGUGAUGCCAACCCACCUGUCCAGAGUUACACCUGGUGGUACAAGAAGAAUGGAGGUGACUAUCAGAGUAUGACAGGACCACAGCAUGUCUUCAGUCACAUCCAGUCAUCUGACAGUGGAGAGUACUACUGUGAGUCCCAGAAUGAGAUGGGGACAGACAGGUCUGGGACCAUCAACAUGGAUGUGAAAUAUAAACCAAAGAACCCCUCAGUGUCAGUCAGUCCCUCUGGUGAAAUAGUGGAGGGCAGUUCAGUGACUCUGACCUGCAGCAGUGAUGCCAACCCACCUGUGGACAAAUACACCUGGUACAAGAAGAACGUAACCUCACCAAAAGCAUCAGGACAGAGUUACAGCAUCACUAACAUCAUCUCUGAGGACAGAGGAGAAUAUUACUGUGAGGCUGAGAAUAAAUAUGGACGACUCAAUUCUUCUUCUGUGUUUGUGGACGUUCUGUAUGGCCCAAGGAACACCUCAGUGUCAGUCAGUCCCUCUGGUGAAAUAGUGGAGGGCAGUUCAGUGACUCUGUCCUGCAGCAGUGAUGCCAACCCACCUGUGGACAAAUACACCUGGUACUUUCAAAAUGAGACUUUUCUAAAUGGAUGUGGACAGAUGUACAACAUCAGUAACUUCAAGUCAGUGGACAGUGGACAUUACCACUGUGAGGCCUGGAAUAGAAGAGGAUCUAGGAACUCUACAGCUCUGAUGAUCAUUUUACCAGUGAAACAAACCUCAGUUCUGACUGCAGCUGUAGGAAUCAUAGUGGUUGUUCUGGUUCUCAUCCUCUGUCUCUCUGGACUCAUGUGGUUCAGGAAGAAGGCCUCCAUAUCCACCUCUGACACAAGAGACACAUCAGAAAAUGUACAGGGAGACUCUAGUCCAGUGUAUGAAAACGUCUCAAGCAUGUCCACAGCCUCUACUGCAGCACAGACAGCAGCCACAGUCGACCAGGAUGACGUUCACUAUGCCAGAGUCCACUUCUCUCACUCCAAAAACCAGGAAGUGCCUCUGUACUCCACCGUCCAGCUGUGUAAACCCCAGAAACAGGAUGUCCAGUACGAUGCUGUGAAAUUCAACCUCCCCAGUGCUGCCACCCGACCCACGGCAGCACAAGCAGCUGAGGAGGACUUUUCUGAGAUCUAUAGUAGAGUCAACAAACCCAGAAGACCUGAACACAACAAACCCAGAACCAAGAAGACCUGAACGCAACAAACCCAGAACCAAGAGUACCUGAACACAACAAACCCUGAACCAAGAGGACCUGAACUCACCAAACCCAGAACCAAGAGUACCUGAACAUAACAAACCCAGAACCAAGAGGACCUGAACACAACAAACCCAGAACCAGGAGGACCUAAACUCAACAAACCCAGAACCAAGAGGACCUGAACACACACAACAAACCCAGAACCAAGAGGACCUGAACUCAACAAACCCAGAACCAAGAGGACCUGAACACACACAACAAACCCAGAACCAAGAGGACCUGAACACACACAACAAACCCAGAACCAAGAGGACCUGAACUCAACAAACCCAGAACCAAGAGGACCUGAACACACACAACAAACCCAGAACCAAGAGGACCUGAACACACACAACAAACCCAGAACCAAGAGGACCUGAACACAACAAACCCAGAACCAAUAGGACCUGAACACAACAAACCCAGAACCAAGAGGACCUGAACUCAACAAACCCAGAACCAAGAGGACCCGAACACACACAACAAACCCAGAACAAAGAGGACCUGAACACAACAAACCCAGAACCAAGAAGACCUGAACACACCAAACCCAGAACCAAGAAGACCUGAACACAACAAACCCAGAACCAAGAGGACCUGAACACAAGACCUGAACACAAGUUUGACAUAAACCCUGUAUAUCUGGACCUGUAUAGUCCAACUAAGUGAUAUUAUUCUAUCAUAAGAUACGCCAUUUAGAAACACUUUUAACCAAAGUGACUUAUUAUGUGUGGAUACAUCUUUCAUGCCGGUGGUCCCAUUGGGACCCAUUCACCAUGCUGUACCAACUGAGCCACAGGACUACUGUAUUCACACUGGACUGCUGAUCUAGAGUCAGUUUAGCCUUUUAAACUAUGAUGAAUAAGAUAAUAAUCAUAAUAAAUUACAUUUGUCAAGCACUUUUCAUUAUACAGAAUAAUAUACAGAACCUUGUAAAUCAUUUUUAUGUUUUUCCUUUCAUGUUUUAAGUAACAUGGAACAGAAUCUGAACACAAUAACUUUGCUUUGUAUUUCUGAAACCGCCUCGAUGUCCAGUUAUAUUGUAUAUGAAGGCUGAGAACAUUAUAAAUAUAUGUUUUCAUUUCUUCUUGAUGUUCGCUCACAGGAACAAUACUUAUAUUCUACAGUACCAUUCUGUUACAUUCUACAGUACUGUAUUAUUCUAUUACAUUCUACAGUACUGAACCAUUCUGUUACAU